AGCGCCCAGGCGGAAGGAUCCCGUGGGCGCUGGCUCCGCCCCACCCCGCCCCUCGCUCCCCUGGGAGGGAAGGCUUGGGGCGGGGGUGGGGGGGUGGGGGCGUGGUCAUAGCCGUAUAAGAACGGAGGGGGCGGCGGCGGGACCGUUCACUCGGUGCCGCUGCCUGGGGGCUGUAGUGACCGCGCCGCUCCUGCUGGGGGCUGCCCACGCCAAGGACCGGCCUCUGUCCUCUCCUCUUCCGCCUCCCAGUUUCCCUGCGAGCACGCCCCCCAAGAUGGCAGAGGAGAGCAGCAAUACCAGGGACUGCAUGUCCUUCAGCGUGCUCAACUGGGAUCAGGUGAGCCGGCUGCAUGAGGUCCUGACCGAGGUCGUCCCCAUCCACGGACGAGGCAACUUUCCAACCUUGGAGAUAACACUGAAGGACAUCGUCCAGACCGUGCGCAGCCGGCUGGAGGAGGCGGGCAUCAGAGUGCAGGACGUCCGGCUGAACGGCUCUGCAGCAGGCCAUGUCCUGGUCAAAGACAAUGGCCUGGGUUGCAAAGACCUGGACCUGAUCUUUCACGUGGCUCUUCCCACAGAGGCCGAAUUUCAGCUGGUCAGGGACGUGGUGCUGUGCUCCCUUCUGAACUUCCUGCCGGAGGGCGUGAACAAGCUCAAAAUCAGCCCAGUCACUCUGAAGGAGGCGUACGUGCAGAAGCUGGUGAAGGUGUGCACGGACACGGACCGCUGGAGCCUGAUCUCCCUCUCCAACAAGAACGGCAGGAACGUGGAGCUCAAGUUCGUCGACUCCAUCCGGCGCCAGUUUGAGUUCAGCGUGGACUCUUUUCAGAUCAUUCUGGACUCCCUGCUCUUCUUCUACGACUGCUCCAGCAGCCCCAUCUCUGAGCACGUCCACCCCACGGUGAUCGGGGAGAGCAUGUACGGGGACUUCGAGGAAGCCUUCGACCACCUGCAGAACAGACUGAUUGCCACCAAGAACCCCGAAGAGAUCAGGGGCGGGGGACUGCUCAAGUACAGCAACCUCCUCGUGCGGGACUUCCGGCCCACAGACCAGGAAGAGAUCAAAACUCUCGAGCGUUACAUGUGCUCCAGGUUCUUCAUCGACUUCCCGGACAUCCUCGAACAGCAAAGGAAGCUGGAGACCUACCUUCAAAACCACUUUGCCGAAGAAGAGAGGAGCAAGUAUGACUACCUCAUGAUCCUUCGCAGGGUUGUGAACGAGAGCACCGUGUGCCUCAUGGGGCACGAGCGGAGGCAGACCCUGAACCUCAUCUCCCUCCUGGCCUUGCGCGUGCUGGCAGAGCAAAACAUCAUCCCCAACGCCACCAACGUCACCUGUUACUACCAGCCAGCUCCCUACGUCAGUGAUGGCAACUUCAACAACUACUACGUGGCCCACCCUCCAGUCACCUACAGUCAGCCGUACCCUACCUGGCUGCCCUGUAGCUAAGCUUGAGACCUGAGGGCUUCCACAGUGGGAACCCCAAUAGGGCAAAGGCUCUCAGGGAAGGGAGCCUCCUUCUAGGUGUAGGUGUUUGGCUUUUAAAGGGGAACUCAGCUCUGAUUCUGCUCUUUUUUUUCUUUGUGCACCCAUUGGAAUGGGUCUACAGUCUAUCAUGAGCCAACCCUGAAGGGACCCGUUAUUCCAGUGCCACUUUGGAAAAUGCUAUAGGAAGGACGACCUCUCCACAUCUUUCCAGGAUAGACACUAACACGCCAUGUCCCCAACACACGCACGGGGAGAUUGGAGCUCCGUGCACUAAUGGAAUCUGGGAGAAAGCUUGGGCAGUGUCUCUUCUCACUCAAGCCUAGAGUAGGCUCUGUUGGCCCUCACGGGAUUCUAAGCUGUUCUAUGAGAGUUGUGGUUGCAGUCCAUUUUCUUGUACCGAUUUUAGCCAGGCAGCAAAUGGUGGACAUGAGAGUGGUCUCGUGACUUCAUUUUUGUUCAAGGGACUGAAUUGCUUAUGUUUAUUCCCUGUUAGCAGAGCUGAGGGUUUCUUUCCUGAACAAACCAAAGCUGGUAGCUGGAUAAUUAAGAUCUGGUUGAUAGUGGUUUAUGGUUUAGAUGCUGUGCUCUCACGAGGAAUCGUGAGAUAUUGCUGAGGAAAAAAAAAAUGACCUUUGCUUGAAAUGUAACUUGAAAACAGAAUAAAAUGUGGAACAUAAUGUUAAAGCAGAAUUGUGGUGGUGGCGGCGGGGUUGGGGUGGGGGUGAUUGUAAAUAGGAAACGUGAAUGUUCAGUUUUUUUUUUUUUUUUUUUUUUCUUUAAGGAAUUCUUAUUGAAUGACACUUUCCCCCCCUUGCCUUAGCAGCUCAUCACUUUAGUUUUGCUUUUCCUAAGACUAAGGAUUGUGCUGAGUCUAGAGUCCUAGUAGUAGCCGAUGUGAGAGGGUCUUCCCAUGUUUUAAUUGGAAACCUGUUUUGGUCACAUUCCCAGUAUGACAAGCUGUUUUUCUGGAGUACCGUGGCUGAUUGUUUUUUGUUUGUUUUUAUUCUUUCUUCAAAAAAUAGUGAUUUCUUCUCCAGGCUGUUUUUGGGCUGCAGAUGAAUUCAGGAUUUUCAGUAGAAAGGAAUGACCUGUGGAAUGACCUGCUGUUGUGGGCAGAGUUCUCUGGCUCACGAUUGCUUUAGAAUUGAACUCGCUGUCCCUGUGCUGUGUGUGAGGUGGAGGUUUAGGGCUCAUUUGGGCUUGGUGUGCACUGGAACUGCCAGGGCUCCUUGAAUGAUUAAUUCUGGGGGAUUUGGGAAAGAAUGAAGAAAAUGGAGAAUGGUCUUCCUUAUUCUGGUAGACUUGACCGUACUUGUGUCUGUUGUGCACUUUAGAAAGAAAACAGUGUUAAUCUCCAGUCCAAAGCAAGCUUGGUAAAUGGGAGAGUUCUAGGCUACUGCUUUCCCAGUCAUUCAGAUAAGGAAUUUUUUGUGUUUUGAAACUUUUCUGGGAUCUCUUAGGAAGCAUCGCUCUAGGACAUUGAGGGCACAGGAACUCAGUAUGGCCAGCCAGCGUGGUCUAUAAAGUGAUUUCAUCAAAUCCAUGCUCCUGAUUUUUUCCUUUCUUCUGUGGCCAGAAAAACCCCAAGCCCUGAGUGAUUGCUUUCCUUUUUCCUUGCCUUACACAAUGAAGAUACUUUAAAAAAGAAAGGCUUAGCAGAAAACAAGUGGUUUCCCUUAUUCUGAAGAUGGUAUUUUCAGGGUUUUUUUGGGAAUGUGAGGUCUUGGUCCUCUUAAAAGCAAAUAGGGCGUGACUGAGCCUCAGGGUCCAGCUGGUAUCCGUGUUGUGUUACAUUAGGUGAAUAGAAACCACUUCUGUGUGUAAGUGACCGGCUCCGGUUUGCCUGUGAACCAUAGUUACAUUUGAAUGCUCUGGCUUUGAGUCUAGGCUAGUUCCAUACUGAGGGGGUGCCCAGCAUGCUUCAGGGUUAAAAGGGGGGAAUGAAGAAUGAACCCUAACUUUAAAAACUAUGUACUCAUCCAUAACAUUAAAAGGCUGCCAUUGUGGU